AUGUUUUCAAAAUUAGAAUUUUGGAUAAUCUGGCAUCAUUUGCAUCUUUCAUUAUUUAAGGAUACAUACUACCUACCGAAAGCUGAUAGAUCCAAUCCUGGAGGAAAAGUUUUUAGCAGGAUCAACUAUAUUAAACAAUCUGAGCGUCAAAGAGCUAAACGAGACAAAGAGCACUUCGCCCCAAUUGCCGAAGGAGACAUCGAGUCGCAAGAGCUAUCAGCAGAAGUGGAAGCAGCAGUACAGUGGCUCACCGUAAACACUGCUCCCUGGACAACUGUUAUUGCUUUGUGGGAAGUUAGUUAUCACGCCAGGAAGCGAUAUUUAAAACAAUACAGUCGGGCUCAGAAGUUGAUUGACGAUUACCCACAGCUGCGAGAAAAGUUUGGGUUCCAACUGCUUGACAUCGACUUCCGGAAGCUCAGUUUGGGAAAACCUACAGAUCACUCCCGGAAGUGGGAAACACUUUUCGAACCUAUAGCACGUUAUGCCAGCAAACAUGGCAAAGACUCUUCGACAAAGCGCCUCAUUGAAGGAUUACGAAACCCGACAUUUUCGACAGAUGUUCACCUACUACAGCUUCUUCACGUGCUAAGUACAGUUCUCGUUCCUGUCAAAGCAUCCAAGGGGUUCAAGCCUACCGUAACAGUUGCGCAAUCGGAUACCUUUCUGUUGGCCAGCAACAUAGAAUUAGGCCGCAUCAAACUAAAGGAAACUCUGGAAAUCUAUGACAAGCAGAAGAUACCUGUAGUGCCGAAAUUGAUUGUCAUUGGAGAAGCUUUAGAAACAGCCUGUGGAGUUUGCUUUGUGGUGUAUAAAGCAAUUGAAUAUCAGCUUCCCACAAUCACGAAGGGGAUCGACGUGUUGUUGAAACUACACAUUGUAUUUGGUCUGCCUGUUUCUCGGUUGUCCAAGUUGGUUUGGAUAUUUAUAGAGAAAUUUGUCUAUAAUUCAGAGCCUUUGCAAGGAGGAUACUUAGCUGUUAACAAGCUAGUGGAUUACUUACGAAAUCAGCCACAAUGAUCAUCCCAUGUUAUGUUCCAGCAUGCAACACGAAAUUCGACACAACUGCUGAUUUCUUGCAUCACGUAGAGAAAGUUCACAGACUACCCUCGGAUAAUCACUUCAAGUGUCCUUUCAUUGACUGCAUCCAAGUUUUCACUCAGUUAUCUAGUUUUAAGAAACACAUUAAAAAACAUGAUUUCAGCAAGCUUAUUCAUGAUUCAGCAGAACAAAUGGUUCAGGAACCACAAUUUCAAAUAG